UGGGCGGCAGCAGAGAGGCUCGUCUGCAGCACAAGUGAAGAAGACGACACAGCGUUGUUGACAAACCCAGCUAGCCUGUGCUAGUUCGGUGAUAUGGUGUUUUAUUGAUAUUUUACUGAAGCUUUCCUUCAUCAUGAGUUCUCCAGAGGACAGACAUGGAACUAAACGACCCGCUUCUCCAAGUGAUGAUGGCUCUACCCAGUGGGCAUCAGCUGAUCUGGGAAGCAAUGAGAGGAAACAAAAGUUCCUACGGUUGAUGGGUGCGGGCAAGAAAGAACACACAGGACGCCUCAUCAUCGGUGACCACAAAUCAACCUCCCACUUCCGUAGUGGGAAUGAAGAUAAGAAGAUGAACGAGCAGCUGGAGAUGCAGUACCAGCAGGGCAUGGAUGGGAAACUGUCCGGCCGGAACCGGAGACACUGCGGCCUGGGAUUCAGUGAGCCUGAGCCACUGCCAGAUUCACUCCCUGCUCCACCAGUGGACAAUCAGACAGAAGAACCUGAGCCAGUGAAGUCCACUAGUGAAAAAGAACCCACAGACGCGCAGGACAAAGCCUCCAGUCCUGUCAACAAGGAACAAACCUCAGACCCGGCUGAGCGCAGCUCUGACAGCAGGAGCGAGGAACCAAAACACGGCUUCAAAAUGACCUUUGUGAAGUCGGCGUAGGGCCAACGGAAGGGCCAGCGAGGAGUUACUUUUUGUAAUCUCAAAUUUGUACAUUUUGACAUUAUUUGUUAAACUGUUGUUGAUGAUCCAUCAUUGUAGUUCUUUUACUCUGUGGAAAUGAUUUCUCUACACAAGCACUCAACUCAUCGUGGUGUGCAUGUUGUCAUGAAAUUAUGUCUGUAGGUUAAGUUUGAUUAAUUUGUGUUAGACCAUGUUUAGAUGCCGUAUGGUCCAGUUCUUACUUUGUUUAAACAUCAAUAAAGGGAAGUGUCACUCAGCUGUAAUUUCCGUGGAAGCUCUCAGUCUGAUCAGUAUCAUGAAUGUUCUGCUGGGGGAAUGUAAACUGAACAGAAAACCCUAAUGAAAUGAUGUAAAAAUUUAAAAUCAUCAGGAGGCCUCUGGAUUUCCUCUCUAGAGGUUGUUAAUUUUAUUUUGACAUGUUUGUUGAAACUAUUCACUGAGAGAUGAUAGAAUAUAUUUUACAUUGGAACUGGUAAUGCAGAUAUAUGUAAAUAUUAUGUGUAUAUUAACCAGUGCAGCCAAACGGACAAUAACUGACACGUCUCAAUUAUUUCAGGUUUGUGUACUUCAAACAUAUUUCAUGCGUUUCUUGAAAAAUUAUGAUCUGUCAGUUUUAGAAUUGUAUUAUAUCACUUUAAUAUUAUUACUGAAAACACCUGAAAACACCUUGAGCAGGAGAACAGGUGAAUUUCGCUGUAUGUGCAUUUAGACGUGUGUUCUGAGUUGUAAUAAAUAACCUUUAGACUUAACUUCAUCUGCGCUCAACA